GUACUUCCGGGUUAUCGGGAUAUGGAUCGCAUUUUAAUGCAAACAAUUAUUAGAUACAGAUACCUGAUUAUCAGACGCUUUCGCUUAAUUUAAACACAACAAACAUGGGGAAGAAGCAUAAAAAGCACAAGCCGGAGUGGAGAACAGUCGAUGACUGUGAGGACAAGCCUUUUGAGAAGCAGCUGAAGCUGGUGCUCAAAGUGGGAGGAAGUGAGAUCACAGAACUCUCAGGCUCCGGCCAUGACUCCAGUUACUACGACGACAGGUCAGACCAUGAACGAGAGCGCCACAAGGACAAAAAGAAGAAGAAGAAGAAAAAGUCUGAGAAGGAGAAAGACAAACACGUAGAUGAUGAGGAGAGGAGAAGACGGAAGGAAGAGAAGAGGAAGAAGAGAGAGCGGGAGCAGAAUGAAUCAGAGGCUGCUACUGCCUCUGCCAGUGGUGUGGGCCUGCCCACUGUUGUGCCCAGUCACACUGGUGUGGCAGUCGAGCCUUUCAUGCUGCCAAAGAUACCAAACAUUGCUAUUAGUUUUGAGCAGCAGGAGGAGAAGAAGAGGAAGAGGGAGAGGUCUGAGAUGGAGCCGGAGGUGAUGGACCAGUUUCACCCCAACAUCAAGGUAGAGGUGGAGCAACAAGGAGACCGGCCUGUCAGGGCUUGCAGGACAGCCCCGGAGAGUGAGUGCACCCCUCGACAGCAGCUCCUGGAACACUUCCUGCGCCAGCUUCAGAGGAAGGAUGCCCAUGGGUUCUUCACUUUCCCAGUGACAGAUGCCAUCGCUCCAGGUUACUCUGUGAUAAUCAAACACCCCAUGGAUUUCAGCACCAUGAACGACAAGAUCACAGACAACGAGUACAAAACCGUCACGGAGUUCAAGGCGGACUUCAAGCUGAUGUGUGAUAAUGCCAUGGUGUAUAACCGCCCAGAGACCGUCUACUACAAGGCUGCCAAGAAACUGCUGCACACUGGCUUCAAGAUGAUGAGCAAAGAACGGCUGUUAGCACUGAAGCGUAGCAUGUCUUUCAUGCAGGACAUGGAUUUCUCUCAGCAGGCGGCCAUUUUAGGGGACGAGGACUUGGCGUCUGAGGAGCCCCCUCCGGAGGUCAUCUCCAUGCCCGUGGAGUCGGCGUCGGCCAAGAAAUCCAAGAAACCCAAAGACAUCAAAGAUAUGAAGGAAGUCAUCAGCAGUUACCUGUAUGAGCCAGAGGGGAACGCCUGCAGCCUGACUGACAGCACAGCGGAGGAACACGUUCUGGCCCUGGUGGAGCACGCUGCAGAUGAAGCACACGACCGCAUCAACCGAUACAUGCCCAACUCCAAGAUGGGUUACCUGAGGAAAGAGCCUGAUGGUAAUCUGUUGUACACUGUAGUGAAUCAGCUGAAUCCAGAAGCAAAAGAGGAGGAGACCCACCCUGUGGACCUGAGCUCUCUGUCCAAUAAGCUCCUUCCUGGAUUAACAACACUGGGUUUCAAAGAUGACAGGAGACACAAGGUGACGUUCCUGAGCAGUACCUACAACACCCAGACCCUGCAGAACAACUCCAUCUACCCAGACCUGCUGCCUGAUGAGAUGGACCUGCUCUACUCAGCCUACGGGGAUGAGACUGGGGUGCAGUGUGCUCUCAGUAUUCAGGAGUUUGUUAAAGGUUGUGGGAACGUUACUAAGCGUUUGGUUGACGGUCUGCUGGAUAAGAUGACUGCAGGGGACCACUCUAAGGCUGUCUACCAGAUCAGACAGAAAAGAAACAUGACGUUACCGGACGAACCCAAGAGCAACAUUUACGAUAUGCAGAUGGCUGAUGGGACAGGUCUGGGAGAGGGCAGCUCAGUGCUGGACUUCAUGUCCAUGAAGAGCUACUCUGACAUGUCUCUGGAGAUGUCCAUGCUCAACUCUUUAGGGAAGUCAGUGAAGAAGGAGCCGGGGCAUGAAGACGGGGUCAGCCAGCAGCACUUUGAGGAGGCAGCCAAGCUGCUGCAGGAGUUCCAGGAGGGCCAGGUGGAGAGGGGAGGCUCCAGACCCUCCUCUAACCUCUCCUCCCUGUCAGGGACCUCCGACAGGGACCAGCACCACCUGGGGAGUCCCUCACACCUGGGUGUUGGUGACCAGUCUGAGAUGGUUCAUGACCCCUAUGAGUUCCUCCAGUCCCCAGAGCCAGGCUCCACAUCCAACAGCUGACCUAUGAGUUCCUCCAGUCUCCAGAGCCAGGCUCCACAUCCAACAUCUGACCUAUGAGUUCCUCCAGGCUCCACAUCCAACAGCUGACCUAUGAGUUCCUCCAGUCUCCAGAGCCAGGCUCCAAAUCCAACAGCUGACCUAUGAGUUCCUCCAGUCCCCAGAGCCAGGCUCCACAUCCAACAGCUGACCUAUGAGUUCCUCCAGUCUCCAGAGCCACAGGCUCCACAUCCAACAGCUGACCUAUGAGUUCCUCCAGUCUCCAGAGCCAGGCUCCACAUCCAACAUCUGACCUAUGAGUUCCUCCAGUCUCCAGAGCCAGGCUCCACAUCCAACAGCUGACCUAUGAGUUCCUCCAGUCUCCAGAGCCAGGCUCCACAUCCAACAGCUGAACUAUGAGUUCCUCCAGUCUCCAGAGCCAGGCUCCACAUCCAACAGCUGACCUAUGAGUUCCUCCAGUCUCCAGAGCCAGGCUCCAAAUCCAACAGCUGACCUAUGAGUUCCUCCAGUCUCCAGAGCCAGGCUCCACAUCCAACAGCUGACCUAUGAGUUCCUCCAGUCUCCAGAGCCAGGCUCCACAUCCAACAGCUGACCUAUGAGUUCCUCCAGUCUCCAGAGCCAGGCUCCACAUCCAACAUCUGACCUAUGAGUUCCUCCAGUCUCCAGAGCCAGGCUCCACAUCCAACAGCUGACCUAUGAGUUCCUCCAGGCUCCACAUCCAACAUCUGACCUAUGAGUUCCUCCAGUCUCCAGAGCCAGGCUCCACAUCCAACAGCUGACCUAUGAGUUCCUCCAGUCUCCAGAGCCAGGCUCCACAUCCAACAGCUGACCUAUGAGUUCCUCCAGUCUCCAGAGCCAGGCUCCACAUCCAACAGCUGACCUAUGAGUUCCUCCAGUCUCCAGAGCCAGGCUCCACAUCCAACAGCUGACCUAUGAGUUCCUCCAGUCUCCAGAGCCAGGCUCCACAUCCAACAGCUGACCUAUGAGUUCCUCCAGUCCCCAGAGCCAGGCUCCACAUCCAACAGCUGACCUAUGAGUUCCUCCAGUCUCCAGAGCCAGGCUCCACAUCCAACAGCUGACCUAUGAGUUCCUCCAGUCUCCAGAGCCAGGCUCCACAUCCAACAUCUGACCUAUGAGUUCCUCCAGUCUCCAGAGCCAGGCUCCACAUCCAACAUCUGACCUAUGAGUUCCUCCAGUCCCCAGAGCCAGGCUCCACAUCCAACAUCUGACCUAUGAGUUCCUCCAGUCCCCAGAGCCAGGCUCCACAUCCAACAUCUGACCUAUGAGUUCCUCCAGUCUCCAGAGCCAGGUUCCACAUCCAACAGCUGACCUAUGAGUUCCUCCAGUCUCCAGAGCCAGGCUCCACAUCCAACAUCUAACCUAUGAGUUCCUCCAGUCUCCAGAGCCAGGCUCCACAUCCAACAGCUGACCUAUGAGUUCCUCCAGGCUCCACAUCCAACAGCUGACCUAUGAGUUCCUCCAGUCUCCAGAGCCAGGCUCCACAUCCAACAGCUGACCUAUGAGUUCCUCCAGUCUCCAGAGCCAGGCUCCACAUCCAACAUCUGACCUAUGAGUUCCUCCAGUCUCCAGAGCCAGGCUCCAAAUCCAACAGCUGACCUAUGAGUUCCUCCAGUCUCCAGAGCCAGGCUCCACAUCCAACAGCUGACCUAUGAGUUCCUCCAGUCUCCAGAGCCAGGCUCCACAUCCAACAUCUGACCUAUGAGUUCCUCCAGUCUCCAGAGCCAGGCUCCAAAUCCAACAGCUGACCUAUGAGUUCCUCCAGUCUCCAGAGCCAGGCUCCACAUCCAACAUCUGACCUAUGAGUUCCUCCAGUCUCCAGAGCCAGGUUCCACAUCCAACAGCUGACCUAUGAGUUCCUCCAGUCUCCAGAGCCAGGCUCCACAUCCAACAUCUGACCUAUGAGUUCCUCCAGUCUCCAGAGCCAGGCUCCAAAUCCAACAGCUGACCUAUGAGUUCCUCCAGUCUCCAGAGCCAGGCUCCACAUCCAACAUCUGACCUAUGAGUUCCUCCAGUCUCCAGAGCCAGGCUCCACAUCCAACAUCUGACCUAUGAGUUCCUCCAGUCUCCAGAGCCAGGCUCCACAUCCAACAUCUGACCUAUGAGUUCCUCCAGUCUCCAGAGCCAGGUUCCACAUCCAACAGCUGACCUAUGAGUUCCUCCAGUCUCCAGAGCCAGGCUCCACAUCCAACAUCUGACCCACACACUGGCAAGUUGCCUCUAACUGGGGUAGCUCUGGUCACAAUACCAGUAUCACUAUACUAUGAUACUCAACUUUCCAAGGCAAAAAAGGAAACAAAACUUUUAACUCUUUAAAAACAUUCUUUAUCUAAAAUAUUGUUUUCUGUAGCUUGAAAAACAAACACAUGUGUCUCUGGUGUAUCCAACAUUAAGACUUCUGAGUAUUGCCAUACUGUUAUUGAGAAACUACUAGGGAGAUGGUAGAAGAUGCCUCUAACUACUGGUCUGGGGUCAGGCAUUGUUUGAUGGGUAAUCUGAUCCUAGAUCUGUGGCUUAGAGGAAACUUCUACUCAGAGCUGAUCUGACGUCCUGUAUUGAACCACACUGGUUGUUUUGUUGUCUGACUCUGUGCUCUCAACACACCCGGGGACAACGAGAGAGAACCUCAGACAUGUUGUGGAAGGUCAUCAUGAUUGUACAGAUUAUUUGUAUGUGUGUUAUACUUCAGAGAAUAAAGUCACCACGGGUUGUGUUUUUACACAGUA